AUGCCGAGCUACAAGCGUCUAGAAGUGCACACUAAGUCCACGGACUUCCGCGCAGCCACGCGCAUCGUCGAGGAAGCCGAAAUACCGAAAGCUCAUGCCAAUUCGGUCGUAGUGAAGAACCACUAUGUGGGUAUCAACGCCACCGACGUGAACGUCACUAACGGAGCGUACACAGGUCCACUUCCUCCCCCGUUCGGCUGUGGACUGGACGCUGUUGGCGUCGUAUUGGAAGUCGGAGAGGGGGUCUCUAACGUCAAAGUGGGCGACGCCGUCGCGUACAGAAAGUUGGGAGCGUUUGCAGAGUACAACGAAGUGGACAUGGCGAUGGUAGUGAAGGUGCCAGCCCCGACUGCUGAUGCGCUCCCGCUGAUCGUCUGCGGAAGCUCCGCGUCGAUUGCUCUAGAGCAGGCGGGGCACAUGAAGUCGAACGAGACAGUGCUGGUCACGGCUGCUGCUGGUGGCACGGGGCAGUUCGUGGUGCAGCUAGCGAAACUGGCAGGCAACCACGUGAUCGGCACGACCAGCUCAGACGAGAAAGCUGCUCACUUGAAGUCCAUCGGAUGCGACCGCGUGAUCAACUACAACACGGAGAACGUGGACGAGGUCCUGAAGAAAGAAUACCCGGACGGCGUCAACCUCGUGUUCGAGUCGGUGGGUGGCGACUUGUUCCGCGCCGUUGCCAACAACAUCGCGGUCAAGGGCCGCAUCAUCGCUUUCGGACACAUUUCGGGCUACCACGGAGACAAGCACGAGUUUUCAGCCAGUGAGCUGGUGCCCAAGCUCAUUUUCAAGUCGGCGUCGGUGCGUGGGUUCAUCUCGGCUCACUACCGCGACCAGUUCCACCCGCACAUGUUGCGGCUUUUCAAGCUGAUCGAGGAGAAGAAACUGGUGCCUGGCAUUGACCCCGUCAAGUUUGAAGGCCUCGAGGGUGUUCCAGACGCCAUCGAUUACAUGUACGCACGGAAGAACAUGGGUAAGGUCGUGGUCAAGCUUGCGUAAGCGAAAGAUUAGUCCACCGCGUAUCCUCGUCACACCAAUGGAAGCGAAGAUGUCAUAUCGAUGCUCGUCUACAGUAGAUAAUAAUCUGAUUCGCACUUACAUAGGCUCC